ACAUAGCAUUGGGAAUUGAUGGAAUUGAUUGCGGGACACCAUGCUACCGGGUGGGCCCAUGGGGUUUGGCUCCGUUGAGGAGAAAUGGAAAAAUCUUCGACGUUCUCGAAGAUCGCGUUGAAGCUUUGUUCUUCCUGCGUUUUUUGCUAGAGGUCCUCCGAACCAGACAUUGUUUCGAUGGCGAAGGAUUCUCCCUCAGAUCCCGCAAUGGAUGUCGUGCCUCGCAGCAGUGGCUCGAGUGACAACGGAAGCGGAAAUGAUACGUUUUCAAAAAGAAUCGGGAAAAAGGCGUCACAUGUUGCACGAGGUCUUUUGGGAUAUUUCCGACUUCUCGUUUGCGCCGAACCUAGCAAAGUAGAUAUUGCAUUGUUGCUAGUUGGCACAAUCUCCUCAAUUGCCGCCGGCAUACCGUUCCCGCUCCUCGGAAUUCUCUUCGGACAGCUGUUGGACGACCUGGACUCUGCAACAUGUGCGACCGAAAAAUCGAUCUCGCCUGCCGACUACGAGGCCUCGGUAAACUCGAAGGUCUUGCUUGUAAUGGCCUGCGCUCUAGCUCAGAUGGCGCUCGUUUACAUUUAUAUCGUCUGCUUUAAUUUAUUCGGCGAGCGGCUUGCUCACCGGCUACGAGAUCGGUAUUUUCGUUCCCUGCUCCGCCAGGAGGUAUCUUUCUUCGACAAGUUGCCGGCCGGAGAAGUUUCGUCACGUCUGAGCGCCGAUAUCAACAUCAUUAAAAGCGGCACGUCAGAGAAAGUCGGUGUAUACCUGGGUUCGCUCGCUAUGUUCGUCACAUCCUAUAUCGUGGCAUUUAUCAAGGAUGCCAAACUUGCCGGUAUCUUGGUCUCGUUGGUCCCUGCAUUCAUGUUGAUGUCUUUCGUUGGCGGUCACUUCAUCGGAAAAUACUCUGCUUUAGCAUCGCAGCACGUUGCGGCUGCAUCAUCCAUCGCCCUGGAGAGCCUGUCCAAUGUGAUGGUCGUACACGCGUUCAGAGCCAAUGAUCGGCUAGAAGGGAAAUUUGCUAAGGAACUUGUUGCGGCAAAGUCUGAUGGGGCGAAGAAAGCUAUGGUGACAGCUGUUCAGUCCGGAUUGCUCUAUUUCAUUGCUUUCGCGGCGAGCGGACUGGCAUAUUGGCAAGGAAGCAAGAUCAUCGCAGAUGUUGUAGGCGGCCGAACCGAGGGAGUGACGGUUGGCACGAUAUACACAAUCAUCUUCCUUCUCGUUGAUGCCUCUCUUGUGCUCAGCCAAAUAUCACCCUACCUGCAGAUCUUCGGCUCCGCCACGGCGGCGUUGGAGAAACUUGAGACAGAUAUGGAACGCCAGUCUAAAAUCGACGGCACUGUUCCUUUACAGGGCGACGAUUUCGAAUCAUUCUUAGGCGACAUCAAACUCGAAAACGUAGAUUUCACCUACCCAUCUCGACCAGAUGUCCCCGUGAUCCAAGACGUCUCGCUUCACUUACCGGCAGGCCAACACACUGCAGUCGUCGGUUUAUCUGGCAGCGGAAAAUCCACAAUUGCCGGUUUACUCACUCGAUUGUACGACCCCGACCAGGGUACCGUGUACAUGGAUGGCCGAAAUAUCUGUGAUGCCAACGUGCGCCAACUACGAAGCUUCAUCGGACUCGUUCAACAAGACCCCCUACUCUUAGAUCGAUCGGUCUUAGAAAACAUUGCCCUUGGCCUUGUGAAUUCGUCCCGUCCAGAGCAUGCGUCCCUACAGCCAGUCCUCCUAAGCACUCAGCUAUCCCUCAUAGCAGAAUCUGUGCGAGACGGAAAAGAUAUCAUAGCCGCAGCAGAGUCUCAUGGUGACCAGGCAGUUGAAAUUGUAAAAAUGGUCCAACGAGCAGCGAACCUUGCCGAUGCUGAAGUCUUCCUAGGACAUUUGGAAUACGGGUUUGGUACAGUUGUUGGGCCCAAUGGUGACUUGCUAAGUGGUGGACAGAAACAAAGAGUAGCGCUGGCAAGAGCUCUUGUAAAAGACCCAAAGAUUCUUAUCCUGGACGAAGCGACAUCUUCGCUCGAUUCGGCAAGCGAACAGCGUAUCCAGGGUGCUAUCGAAAAGGUUUGCGUAGGUCGGACAGUUGUAUCGAUCGCGCAUCGCCUAGCGACAGUGAAGAACGCUGAUAAUAUCGUUGUCAUGCGCAAUGGGAAGGUUAUGGAGCAAGGCCGUCACCUUGACCUUAUCACAAAAGAUGGCGACUACGCUGCCCUCGUCAGGUUGCAGAAUAUGGGUUCGGAAACCUCGAGCGUUAGUACCGCCAAGGGGAGCCUAACGAAGGUCAUGAAUCAUUCAGAUAUCGAUAUGGAAAAAAUAUCCGAAUCCCUCACGAUCGCCGACGAGCAUACCCCAAAGGAAACUGCGGGCGAGGCCGACAAGGAAAUAGAGAAAGAGAAAGCACCGGAACGUUCGAGGCCGACAUGGGCUACCAUCAAAAGUAUGGCCUCUGUAACUCGACCCCAUAUAUUCUGGCUAUUUGUUGCAUUGUUCGCGUCUGUAAUCGUGGGCGGAACUUAUUCAGGAUCAGCGUUAAUUUUCGGCCACACGGUUGGUGCCCUCAGCCCUUGCAACUCUGAGGAAUCUAUCCGAGAAAAGGGUAGUUUCUUUGGCCUUAUGUUCUUGGUGCUUGCUAUUGCGGAAUUCUUCGCAAAUGGAGUCAGCUGGUCGGCCUUUGGUUGGGUCGCGCAAAAGGUUUUAUACACGAUCAGGGUACUCUCUUUCCGUUCGCUGUUCGAGCAAGACCUUCAGUGGCACCAAUCCGAGAAUCGCACACCAUCGAUGUUAUUAGCAUAUAUAACGAGCGAUUCGGCUGCUGUUGAGGGCCUGACAGGUUCCAUAAUUGGGUCUGUGUUUUCCAUCUGCGUCAAUUUCUUCGUUGCGGUUAUCCUGACACUUGUCAUCGCCUGGAAAAUUGCUAUCGUCUGUCUUGCGACCGUACCACUUAUGCUUGGCGCUGGUGUGAUGCAGAUACGUAUCCUUACUCGCUUUGCAGAGCGACACGAGAAAGCCUUCUCAAAGUCCGUAAGUAUUACCGUCGAGGCUGUCAACUCGAUCAAAACCGUCGCAGCACUAUCUCUAGAGCAUGAAGUGCUCGGGACAUAUCGUCGUUCGCUCUCAGCCCCACGGAAGGAAAUGACACGUUCGAGUCUGUGGGCCAACCUCUUCCUCGCAAUCUCCUUCAGUAUCUCGAAUCUUAUUUAUGCAUUCAUCUACUGGUGGGGAGCAAAACAGAUCAUCGCGAGUCACUACACACAGGUCCAGUUCUUCAUCGUCUUAGUCGCGCUUCUUGUUAGUGCGCAGCUCUGGGGCCAACUUUUCACACUUGCUCCCGAGAUUACGAAGGCGGGCAGAUCAGUAGGACGGAUCUUCGAUCUCAUUGAUUUGGGUUCAUCGAAAACGCUGUCGGUCAAAAACUCGGAAUCUCGUGAUCCGGAAGCCGCCGUCGAAUCUAAGAGAGCCGUGGUGUCGAAUGGUCAAGGCAUCGCCGUGAGCUUCAAGCAAGUCAAAUUCGCGUAUCCGGCGCGGCCGAAUCGACAGGUCUUAAAGGGUUUGGACAUCGAAAUUCGCCCGGGUCAAUUCUGCGCCCUCGUCGGCCCUAGCGGCGCUGGUAAAUCGACCGUAAUCUCGUUGCUAGAGCGUAUGUACAGCGUUGAGUCAGGUAGUAUCGAAGUGGACGGGCUAGACAUUUCGGCUAAGAAAGAGCCCAUUUUUCGAGACGAGAUUGGCCUAGUGCCGCAAGAUAGCGUCCUCUUCGACGGUAGCAUCCGGUUUAACAUCGCCCUCGGAGCGCGCCCCGGCACAGAGCCAUCAGACGCCGAUAUCGAAGAAGCAUGCAAGCUGGCCAACAUCCACGACACUAUCGUAGCUCUACCAGAGGGCUACAACACACAGUGCGGACCUAGCGGUGGGCAACUGUCAGGUGGACAAAAGCAACGACUCUCGAUUGCGAGAGCUCUAGUACGUAAGCCACGUCUCUUGCUCCUUGACGAGUCAACUAGCGCCUUAGACGCGGAAUCGGAGAGGUUGCUGCAAGACGGACUGGAGAAGGCAACGCGGGGUAUAACAGUCGUGGCCAUCGCGCAUCGACUACAUACAAUCCGUCGAGCCGAUAUGAUCUUCAUGAUUGAGGAUGGGCGAUGUGUUGAGAGGGGUUCACACGAAGAGCUGUUAAGUCGUAGCGAAAGCUAUCGCGUUAACGUUCUACAUCAAACUUUGGAUGGUUGAUAACGGGCCGAAAAGAUCUGUCAGAUCUCGUCGUAUAUAUGGAACCUUUUAAAAUAAUGGGAUCUGUCGAGAUCUCUCGGUAAUGGUAUGUUCAUAGAGAGACUAAGGGGAAUGGAAUGCAUGGAAUAGAAUAAUAUGUGUACUACAUACACUUGUAAUAAAACAUGUCAUGAUUAUUUUAAGCAACGACUAUGACUAGCCUAACUAAAGUUAUCACGAGAGAAUGGUCAGGUCUGUCAUCACCGCUUUACUUGAU